GCAACACGUGUGACGGCCUCUUAGUUCUGAAUAUAAGUGUUACUGAGAGGAAAUUAGGUUGGUUCGCAGAGGAGCUCAGCCAGACCUUGCAGUGUGUCUUGCUGAGGAGCUGCUAUCUAUACCAGUAUUGUGCUUCAGAUACCAGUAUAUGUGGAAGAAAAAUGGAAGUCAUUGAGCUGGGAGAAGUGGACUUGAACUGUCCUUCCAACUGCCAACUACAUAACACCCAUUUUUUCGGAACUGACAGACAGAUAAUAAGGAGAGGGCAAGCCUUCAGCAUUUAUGCUCGCUUCCAAAAUCGGGAAUGGGAUGACUCCKUGGACCAGGCUGUUUUCACCGUGGAGACAGGUCUCAGACCCUGUGAAUCGAAUGAGACGAAAUGCACCUUCCCAAUGGGCAGAUGCCUGGAUCAAACGUGCUGGAGUGCUUCCUACAAAAUUCAUCAGCCAAAAUGCAUCAGUAUCAGUGUGUUUCCUCCCUCCGGUGUCUGCAUUGGCCGUUAUAUUCUCAAUAUGCAAAUCACAUCUAAUGGCCACACAUAUCAACGAUGUCUUGGAGAUUUUUAUGUCCUUUUUAACCCUUGGUGUGCAGAUGACCCUGUAUAUAUGGACAAUCAGUCCCAUAGAGAAGAAUAUGUUCUGAAUGAACAUGGAAUACUAUAUGAAGGAGUUCACAAGCACAUCACCUCGCGACCAUGGCACUAUGGACAGUUUGAAGAUGGAAUUCUGGAUAUCUGCUUGAAGAUGUUAGAUAUGGGUGCAAGUUACCAUCAUGGCUCUGAUCGUGACCACUGUUGGCGCAAUGACCCUGUGCAUGUCAGCAUGGUGGUGAAUCACAUGAUAAGCAGCGAUACCACUAACAGUAUCAUGAAGAUUCCAGAAAACAAUGAUUAYCUGAAAGGAACAAAGCCAUUUUCCUGGAAUGGAAGUGUCCCUAUUCUACAGCAGUGGUACAGUGGCAGAUGCAGGCCGGUCAGAUAUGGGUACUGUGGAUCUCUUGCUUCAGUAAUGUGCACAGUGAUGAGAUGUCUGGGAAUUCCAAGCCGUGUUGUCACAAACUUCUGUUUUCCAUGCUCACUUGAGAAUCCCCUUGGUAUCAAUGAGCUUUUUGACUCUACGGGUAAAAACCUGUGUGGCAAAGACAAGCUUUGGCGAUACCACUGCUGGAAUGAAUCUUGGAUGGCUCGCAGAGACAUAAAUCAGUGCUGUGGUGAUUGGCAGUGUCUGGAUCCAACACCUCUGGAAACAGGCAGAGGUUUAGCUUGCAGUGGGCCUACAUGGGUUCGAAGCAUCAGGGAAGGGGAACUGGACUUGGAUUAUGAUGGUCAUCAUAUGUUUUCUCGAGUAAAUUCAAACUAUGUUGGUUGGCUUUCCCAAAACAAUGCCAAAAGAACAAAAUUUUUCUGUGACACGUGGCCAUGUGGACAAYGUAUAAUCACCAAGAAGGUUGGCAGUGAGCAAUUCGAAGAUAUCACUGGAGCUUAUAAAUAUGAACUAGGUUCUGUGAAAAACAAAGAAGCCUAUUACCGGGCUUACAGGAGAAUUCACCCAGGGUAUUGCAAYGCUUCCAACUGUCACAUCGACAUAGAGUUAGCUUCUCUGAAAAACCCAUUUCUGAGUGAUUCUGGAAUUAACAUGAGGUUAAAGAUGACCAACUGCCCAAUGUAUGGUGAAGAUGUCCAACUGCUUUGGCUGCUUGAAAAUUUACGUAAUGAGAACAAAACCCUGAAGUUCAAUUUGAGUGCACAAAUUAUAACCUACAGCGGUUGCCCAAUGGAUCAGUUUUGGAAAGACAGUGUGAACGUCACACUGGGUCCAAGGGAAGUGAAAAAAAUCCCAGUGUGUAUAUCGUAUAAUCAGUAUGGACCUUAUCUCUGUGACCACAACAUUAUGAAAGUAGUUGCUGUCUCAGACCCAGAGUGUGAAGAUGUUCUGAUGGUGAACAGGGAUAUUGUGGUCAACAGACCACCUGUUAUUGUAAAGCUACUGAGCCAACCCAGACUGAAAGUACCAUGCACUGCAGAGAUCUCCUUCUGUAAUCCUCUCCAGGAAGAUAUGAAGAACUGUGUAAUGACAUUAGAAGGCUGUGGUUUAUUCAAAGAGCCAAUGACCAUUGAUUUGGGAACRCUGGCAUCCAACCAACAGGCACGAACCAUCGUGGAGUUCACACCUUAUAGGCUUGGCAGGCACCGGCUCCUGGCCAACCUUGGGUGCCACAAGUUUGCCUUCUGCAAGGGCUGUGCCAARGCUGAAGUGUACUGCUCCGCAGACCAGAACGGUGUCCUGCCUGUCGGCCAGAAUGGUGUCUUGCCUGUCAGCCAGAACGGUGCCCUGCCCGUCGGUCAGAACGGUGUCCUGACUGUCAGCCAGAACUGUGCCCUGCCCGUCAGCCAGAACGGGUCCCUCCCAAUGUGUGAGAACGUCUCCCACCCCAUGAAUGGCUCUGGGCCUGUCCCCGUGGCAGACCCCGCAUCGAAUUCCAUGUGUGAAUACAUAUGUAUCCCAGUGUGCAACCCAAACUGCAAUGCAGGGGGGCAGCCUGUGUACGACUUCGUGUACCUCCCUGCGGGCCAUCCCUUGUGCAACUCCAUCUGCAACCAAGGCUUCAAUCCGAGCGUCAAUCCUGGGUUUGAGAUGGGAUGCGAUCCUGGCUUCCGUGUCAUAUACGAGACUGUGCCUCCUGCUACGUGUGCUCCAAUGCCUCCAGCCGUGUAYGGCUCCAUGCCAGCCCCAGCGUCCAACCCCGUUUGCACCCCUAUGCCUCACAUGGUGUUUGAGACAGGUGCUGCUGCCACACAGCCRUCUGGAGGCGGAGGGGGCCCCAUGUCCUAUUCCGUCUCUGUCCCCGCGAAUAAUGCGGUGAGUGCGUUGCUGACCCACAUCAUGGCUGGCCCCAGUCCCAGCGGGGCAGUCCAGGCAGUCCCUAUGUCUGCYCCUGCAUCCCAUUUCAUGGCUGGCCCCAAUCCCAGCGGGGCAGCCCAGGCAGUCCCUAUGUCUGCCCCUCCAUCCUACGCCAUGUGCUGCUCUCCGGCAGUCCACACCAUCGGUAACCCCAUGCAACCUCCCACUCCCCUUUCGGUGCCCGGCGCCUCCAUCUCGCACGUGGUUUGCGGCUCCACCCCGUCUGCCACCACGCAGCCUCCAUGCGGCCCUGCGGCCCCGCUGUCCUGCCAGCCCCUSAGUGCGGCGGUAGUCCGCGGCGUGAGCUCACCAGCGGCCUCCCCGGCGCCCCGCGCUGCCGAGCGCAGCGGCACMCCGACGGUGCUGCAGGUGGCCGGCGCCUCGGCAUCCCGCUCGCUGUCCUCGCCAGCCSCCCGGCCCGUGGGGCCCCCGGCGUCCCACUCGCUGUGCUCGCCAACCCCCCGCCCCGCGGCCCCCUCGCUGUGCUCGCCCACCUCCACCUCGCUGGUGGCCCUGGGGGCCCGCCCUGCCAGCUCGCCGGCCGCUCAGCCCUCGGACUCGUCAGCUGCCGCCUGCCUGCCGCGGUCCCCGUCCCCGCGGCCCCUGGCCGGAGCCACGGCCCGCUCCCUCUGUGCCCCCACUCCCCGCCCCAUCUCCCAGCUGGUGGGCACCUUUGGGGCUCGCUCGCUGAGCGGCUCUCAGUGGAGCCCUUCCUACGACACCACCAGUCGCUUUGCUUCUCGAUCGUUGUGGAGCCCCGAGGGGCGCUCGGCCUUCUCCUCGACCCGUGCCACCUACGGCACACUCACACGCCCUCCGUACAGCGCCCUGAACCGCUCUUCCUACAACUUGUCCCGUUCUGGCUACAGCACCCUUCCCCGCUCCACCUCUCUCUCGGCCUAUGCCACCCUGACCCGCUCCGGGUCGUGCCCCUCCGGCAGCACCCUGAGCCUGGCAGGGUCCCGCAGGCCCUGGAGUCCCGGCAGGAGCCCUCUCAGCUAUUACAAACGCAAAUAUCUGUAACGGAGAGUAACCGGGGGAAACCCAAAGCCAGCGAAAUAAAGCCUGUGUGCAGAUGCUUCGCAAGAGGUUAGAAAUAGGGUGAUGAAGAGCAGCGUGCUGCUCCUGAGCAUUUAUCUACGGAUUUGAGAUGUGCCAGAAAGCAGGCUGUGAGCCAGCUGCUGAGGGAURCAUUCGAUCUAACAUUUGUACGUCCUGAGAUACGGUAGGGUGGAAGUGACAAAUGAAUGUGCUCCCCGCGGAGCCGUCGUGACAAUAGUUGCACAGUGCAGGUAAUCAGACUUACUUGCUCAGUCAAGCUGUUCUAUAAAUUAUGUGCUUUCACUCUCUCUUCUCUUGAUUUCUUGCAAUGCACAUUUCUCAGAUCUCCCUGGGCUACAGCACUCGUAGCAAAUCUCUCUCUCUGUGUGAAAUGUGCUGUCCUUGGGAUGCUGCAGAGGUGACAGCAGACGUGCCUUAUGUCUCGYCUAACAGACUCUGGGCCCCUGAACCCCAGCAUUGUUGUGGCUCAGGUCAGUUCUGUGUGCACUCUGUUUCCCUGGUUGUGAAGUACUGCCAACUUUGGAGGUCACAGAGUGACUAAAUCAUUAUAGGUAAACUGAAUUUUGUUUUUCAUUUUCUUCUUUGUUUAAUAAUAAACUUAGUUUUACCACUCUUGAUGUAUUAYAGUGCCAGACUCAGGAAUACAAAGGUCAGAUUAGAAAGCCUGCAAAACUUGAUGAAUAAUUAAUAUAAUUGAUUGGCUCUCAUAACUGACUGUUUUUCAUAUAGCAUAUUCCAAAAAUUUUSUCAUACACCUUGCACGCAUUUAGGUUCUUGGGAGAAGCUCUAAUUUCACAUCUGUGACUUUUUGAUUCAGUAUCGUUAGGAAACUUAUGUCACUAGACCUGAAGUUAGAGAAGGAAGUAUGAUUUUAUCCUUUCUUUCCAAGACCCCGCCCUCCCAGCCAAGGGUUAAGAAGGUGAAUGGAAUGUGCUGCAUCUUCUUCAGACAACUGGUAUUGUUCCAACGCUAACCUUUGCCAGGUGUUUUAGAAGUUGAAAUCAAACAAUGUCAUAAUGAAACUAUCCCUGAAUUUUGUAUUUGCUCACAAGAAUUUUGGAUUUAUUGACAACACCUGCCGUCCCUCCAUUAUAUUCCUCUGGUAGUCCGUUAGUUUUAGUAGCACAUGUUAGUGGGGUUUUGUGGUAAGGUAAGUUUGCUGGUGCUGCAGAAUCUUCAGCUAUGUAGCAAUAGCAUUUCAGUAGUAUCGCUGUAGUUCACACCCCUAUGUGAUUAGAUUGAGUAACCUUGUGAGGAUUUUGAGUAAGUGUGGUKUCAGAUGGUAGCUAUGAACAUGCCAACACUAUUAUCUGCAUAGUAAUUCUGAGUACAGUAGAAGAAAGGUUUUCCUGGAUAUUGUAAUAGAGUGAUCAUAACUCACUAACUUGGCUUUUUAAUGCAAUUUCAAUAAUCUGUGUUAGAUAUGUACUGAGAAUUUCUUUGCCUGACAAUAAAAAUAGAAAUUUAAAAACCACUUGUCAUGCUAUUGUUUUGAUUUUUUUUUUUUGUAAUAUUUCUUAAAAAGUAAGAAACAUAUCUCUCCAAGUGAACCAGUUUGUAAAAUCUUCAUUCCAUUUCUUUUAAAUUUACUGUUCUUCUCCUCAAGGUCUUUAACCAAGGCUUCAGAAUAAGAUCUGAAAUUAGGGGAAAUAUAUAGUUUUCCUACUUUACCUGAAAUACUCAGUUUGAUAUUAAAGGAAAAAUGAAGCCAUCAUCUUUGCUCUGAAUAAACCUUGUUCCACUUGUU